AUGACUAGCGCAACUCAGUCCUUGGAAUACUUUGACUUUGUGAUCGUCGGCGGUGGUAUUGCCGGUGUAGUGUGUGCCGAAACUCUUUGUGAACUUAUUCGACCGAGUCGCUUUGGUGGUGCUGACCAAUUAUCUGCUCCCGGUUUUGCCGAGACCGAACUCAAGGUUGCUCUCAUCUCUGCCACCGCCACUGUGAAGACCACAGUGAAUUUACGACGGAUUACCAAUAUGAUUGAAGCUUUUGAUGUGAACGAACAACCUGCUGACAGUUGGUCUCAAACGUGGCCGGGAACGUUGGUUCUGAUACGGGAUAUUGUGGAUAAAUUAGAGUAG